UCAGACAGUCCGGCUUGACGCGCCGGGUCUGAUUUUACGCACAGGGGCAGCGCGCAGAUUUGCUAGUUGAGGCUUCAAAGUUAUUCACACUAACUUUGUGAGUUUGUCGCGCCUUCAGCACAUUUGGUGCGGACGCAAGAAAACUCAUUUCGUGUUUCGAUCCGCGUUGUGUACGUUGAGAGACACAUUUCCAGUGCGCAACAGUGAAUGGAUCAUUUUCCCCCCCACCCCCGCCCCCUCGUAGAAUUAUACUUUUGUUGUUGUUGUUGUUGUUGUAGCUAAAUGACAUUUUGACAUUGAAAAGUGCAAAGGACGAUUGCGCGAUAACCCAUCUGGAGCUAGACGCGGGCCACUUUGACCGGGAAGUGCGCCCGCCUGAGCGUCGCCCAUCAGUCGGAGUGUCCCGCUGAGCUGAGGCCGGCGGCGCUGACAUGCUGCCCAAAGUCGAGACUGACUCGCUGGGACUCUCUCGAUCGUAUGGGGAACAAGGACACAUGCCAAGAAACGUGCAAGUUCCACAAUUAAAAAUGAUGGACUACUCAUAUGACGAAGACCUGGAUGAGAUGUGUCCCGUGUGUGGGGACAAGGUUUCAGGCUACCACUACGGACUGCUCACCUGCGAGAGCUGCAAGGGCUUCUUCAAGCGCACGGUCCAGAACAACAAGCGCUACACAUGUAUUGAGAACCAGAGUUGCCAGAUUGACAAGACCCAGAGGAAGCGCUGCCCGUACUGCCGCUUCCAAAAGUGCCUCACUGUCGGCAUGAAGCUGGAAGCUGUGCGAGCAGAUCGCAUGAGAGGAGGGCGCAACAAGUUUGGCCCAAUGUACAAACGUGACCGGGCCCUCAAGCAACAGAAGAAGGCACUGAUCCGCGCUAACGGCCUGAAAAUCGAGGCCAUGAGCCAGGUGAUGCAGACUGUCCCGACUGACCUAACCAUCUCAUCAGCCAUUCAGAACAUUCACUCAGCUGCCUCCAAAGGCCUUCCGCUGAGCCAUCACGUCAGCCACCACACCAGUCACCACCAUCACCACCACCACCACCACCAUGCCACCGCCUUACCCCCAACAGACUACGACCGCAGCCCUUUCGUCACUUCACCCGUCAGCAUGGCAAUGCCGCCGCAUGCCGGCAGCUUGCAAGGCUACCAAACAGCCUACGGACACUUCCAAGGCACACGCACCAUUAAGUCUGAAUACCCAGACCCGUACACCAGUUCCCCAGAGUCCAUUAUGGGCUACGCCUAUGUGGACGCCUACCAGUCAGGCUCCCCACCCAGUUUCCCCCACCUGAUCGUAGAGCUGCUCAAAUGCGAACCGGACGAGCCACAGAUUCAAGCAAAGAUCCUGGCCUACCUGCAGCAGGAACAGGCCAGCCGAGGCAAGCACGAAAAGCUCAACACUUUCGGUCUCAUGUGCAAGAUGGCUGACCAAACACUCUUCUCCAUCGUGGAGUGGGCUCGCAGCAGCGUCUUCUUCCGCGAACUCAAGGUCGAUGACCAGAUGAAGCUUCUGCAGAACUGCUGGAGUGAACUCCUGAUCCUGGACCAUGUCUUUAGGCAGGUGGUGCACGCUAAGGAUGGCUCCAUUUUAUUGGUCACUGGCCAGCAGGUAGAUUAUGCAGUGAUCGCGUCACAAGCUGGGGCCACCCUGAACAAUCUAUUGAGCCACGCCCAGGAACUGGUGGCUAAAUUACGUUCUCUGCAAAUGGACCAGCGGGAGUUUGUGUGCCUGAAGUUUUUGGUCCUCUUCAGUCUUGAUGUGAAGAACCUUGAGAAUUUCCACCUGGUAGAGAGCGUCCAGGAGCAGGUGAACGCUGCGCUGUUGGACUACGUCAUGUGUAACUACCCGCAGCAAACAGACAAAUUUGGUCAGCUGCUCCUGCGGUUGCCAGAGAUUCGAGCCAUCAGCCUGCAGGCCGAGGAAUAUCUUUACUACAAACAUCUGAAUGGCGAUGUUCCCUGCAACAAUCUGCUCAUUGAAAUGCUCCACGCCAAGAGGGCUUAGGAGGGAACUGCGCUGCCCGCAACGCAGCCGCUUUUAUUUAAAUCCACCUCAGCCCAUGAAGGACGGCGUAAAGGACGCAAAGCGGUUUAAAAACUUUGAAUGAACAGCAAGAGGGGAAAAGUGCAGAUGCAGGACUCUUGAACUAAACAAAGACUUUAUAACUGCGAAAAAGGACGUUGUAUAGGAUGUGGACUUUACUUUUAGCUCGGGUUGGUACUGUACAGACGAGCGUUCUUGUGGUCAACCAAAGCGGACUUUCACUGCUAUCACUGAACUCAUCGAUACAGCAGCGGCAGCUUGACCUGACCAAAAAUGUGAGGAACGACUGUUAGAAAAAGAAAGAAAGGCGUGCAAAUGAAUGCCCUCAUUGAUCAAAACGGCUCUCAUCCCGGAACAGAAAUAAGUCAGUGGGUCUCCUUAUUUGACCCCUUUGAACAGUGUACAUCAGAAAGUUGAAUCUUAAAUGCAUUUAGUUAAUAUUCAACUAAAACAAUAGUGUAUUUUCAUUUUUCCUGAGAAAAAACUAAACAUAAAAAACACCCUUUUUAGUACCAAACAAAUGGAACAAAACAAACUGUGGUUUGGGAUGGAAGACCAAAGCUCGCCGCAGAAGGAAAUGACACACAACCUUUAUAAUCAGUAUUAUUUAAAAAGGAAAACUGCAAAAAAAAAAAAGAAAAAAAUAUUGUGAUGUCACAGUUAUGUGAGUCUUGCCUUAUUUCAUUACCAUGCUAGCUAACUGUGCAAACGUGAAUGAAAAUAUGUAAAAAUAUAUAUAUAAAGAAAGUAUUAAUGUUGCAAAAUUUAAAAAAGGAAUAAUUACAGGUGUUUACAUUCAUGUGGUAAUAUGGGAGACAACUGUGAUGUUGCGGAAAUUGCAAAUUGCAAAUGUCCUAAAGAGGACAUGGGGAUGGGGGGCAGGUUGCUUUCUUUCUUGUUAUUGUGUGUACAGUCUUUUUUUUUCCAUUUUCGUUUGAAUCAGUACUUAAAUUAUGUCGUGAGACACUAAAAUCAUUGAGGAACCAUGCAUAAAAUAUUCUUUCUGUCUGCUGGCAUUCAAACGUGUCUCUUCAGUAUUGCUGUGUAAGUCAGCUUCUCUUUCCGCCUUUAUUUGUACAACUUUUAUUCAUUAUUUACAGUGCUAUACCUUUUUUGAUGUACAGAAUGUCACUGGUUACACUUAAUAACGAAGAUAAUUUAUUGCGUCUCUUGGUUUCCAUCUUUGUGUUACAUGACAUGAGGUUUUGGCGCCACAAUAAAUU